ACCACCUUCAGCAUCGCCAAUUGUAGCUCACACGCUCUCGACCUUCAGUCGCUAGUGGACUUUGCUAGCCUAUCCGCUCUGCACGCCUUCAACGAAACGGACUCGACAAGGGAAGCCGCUAUUCACAACAGCAGAAAGUCAAAUCGUGCUCGCUCAGACGCACUAGUCUCAAGAUGGGCUUCAUCUUGGAUGUGCUCGGUGGUGUAUUCACCGUCUUUUUUCUCGUCAUCACCAUCUCCGUGUCACUGCUGAUAUCGCAGCCGCUCACAGGCGCGCUCGUGCGUUUGCGAGCCAACUAUUUGCCCAAAGCCCUCUCCCUCGACUCUGUGUUGGAGGAUGGCAGCACAAAUUUGGGUAGCGGUGCAAAUCCACGCGCCAUCUCUGCCUACUUUCUGAGAGAUGCUAGGGCAGCCGCAAAGAUUGGACCGGUGGUGAACGGCGUGUGGGGAAUGCUGCAAAGGACGUAUAGAUUGGAAGGCUGGAGCGGCAUAUACAGAGGCUCUGCACCCGUCGCUAUCCAGCUCAUGUCCCUCGGCUUUAUCGCCGGCGUCAUCUUCAACACUGGCGCCAUCUCAGCUUCUGGUGGGGCGUACAGGAGUGCGCCUGCUAGCCCGGACAAGUUUGGCUUCUGGGGCAACCUCUUCUUCAUGGCUCUCGUCGCCAUAGUCACUCUUCCCAUGAGCGUGAUUACGACUCGGACAAUCGUGCAUCCUCGCGCUUUGCCAAUGACGACACCCAUGCGGAAUCUCAGGGAGCUGCUCUCCCCCUCAGAGUACGCCCAGCCUUGGCGUCUGUUCCAAGUGCCUGGACUACUUGCGGCGACCUUGCUGCAUGUGUCCUGGGUCGGCUUGGCCACUCGCCUGGUCCGAUACUUGACAGUCCCAGCCUUAGGAGGUCUUCCACCUGUCAAACCCGCGGCACCGGAUGACCAAUACUUUUCUGGACCGACAGACGAAUCCCUGAAAGUUGGCGCGUUGGGGCUGGCAAUCUUCUUGGCAUGGAAUGUCGCAUCGACUUUGAUCCUCAGUCCAGUGGAGAUCGUCAUAGUUCGCUUGGCGGUGCAGAGACCAGAAAGCCAGCAACCCUUGCACAUGGCUUUUGCGCCUCGCGCAAACGGAAACGCGCCCAACUCUUUCAGUCAUCACAAUGCCAGUCAGAGAAGCGACAAUUACAGAGAUGGAAGCAAUGCGCCGGACAAACCUCUGCCACAGCAGCCCAGCGAUGCAGCUGAGCCCGCUCCGCGACCCAGCUUUGCGAUUGAAGACGAGGAGGAAGAUGAAGGUGCAUCAGAGGCGCCUCGCUCGAAUGGCUCGGGGCACGCAUAUAGGGAUACGGAAGAUGAGCCUGUCAAGCCAACACAGGCCAACCACGAAUCGGCUAGACCAGCGUCCGUUGCAGGUGCCGCAUUCGCGAGAGAACAAGCGCCCUUUCUUCCGACGUCCAGUGAUCACUUGUCCCAGCAGCGAGAACCUAUCAUAGCACUCAGACCUUGCGAUCAGCCAUUGACUGCUAGCGCUGCCCAAGAAGCGGCCGAACAAGGAUUCGGAGCACCAGUGGUUGAGAGGUACGAGGGCUUCGUUGACUGUCUCAACAAAUUGGUCGAUGAAGAAGGUGUCGAGGCCCUGUACAGAGGAGCGAUCAUCACGCUUCUGGGAACAUUGGUGGGCUCGUUCGGUGGGUAAGCUCGGCCUGCAGAGCCUCUUCUUGCCUCCCAUCUCGUUACGAGCCACAGUAGCAUGCGUGGCCUUUUUCGUCUGUGCCAUCUUGAGCGAUGAGGAAAAUGUAUCAAAUUACACAUGAAUGGUG